GUCUGCCUCCAGUCGAGAGUAAGUAAGUUCGAGUCGAAUGUUGGCGACAAAACGCCGGGACGCAAAUGAGAACAAUGAAACAGCAGUAAUUGUUAAUCACUGUUUUCUGAAUUGUACCAGCUGUUUGUACACGAUACAGUAAAAGAAAUAUCCGAGAGCAUGGUAAACACUGCUGGAUAUUGUGGCUUUAUAUCACUACUUGUGGCUCUGUCUACGUCUUGUCUGCUGGUGGCUGGGAGCGAGAAACUCUGUGAUGAAUGUGGCCUCUCAGUGCAGAGUAAAGAAAGUGGCAUAUUGUUGUCCAAGAACUAUCCUGAAACCUACCCAAAUAACACAUGCUGUGAAUGGAAGAUUCAGGUGCCAGAAGGAAAGAAUCUAAUUUUAAAAUUUGCUGAUUUGAAUAUAGAGUCGGAUGAUUGCAAAUUUAACUAUGUUAAAAUCUUUAAAGGGUUGGACAAUUUUACAAGUGAACAAGGUAUUGAGCCAUUCUGUGGAAACUUGAAACCCGAUACAAAGGAAGUAAUUUUGGACACAAGCCAAGCUACUGUUAAGUUUGUCAGUGGACAUCAUAUAUCUGGGCGUGGUUUUUUACUUUCCUAUGCAACUACAGACCACAAAGAUCUUCUUACAUGUUUAGAUAAAGCAAGCCACUUUCCAGAUGUGCAGUACAGGUACUGGUGUAAAUAUAGGAAAUAUUGCCCUUCUGGAUGUAAGGAUGUUAUUGGAGACAUUUCUGGAGAUGCUGAAGAAGGAUAUCGACAUACCUCAGUUUUGUGUAAAGCAGCUAUUCAUGCUGGUGUGAUACUGGAUGAGUUAGGUGGAGAAAUAUCAGUAGUUCAACAUAAAGGCAUUGGUCAUUAUGGAGGCACAAGAGCAAAUGGGAUACAAUCAAAAGAUGGAUCUUUGUCUGAUAGAAGGUUCAUUUUCAGCGCAAAUGAAUGUAACAGUGCACUCAGAUUAGAAAAGGAUGCCAUCACAGCUACAUCUAGCUGGCAAAGCAGAAGUGAAAAUGGACAGAUAAUGGAUUGGUCUGCAGAUUGUGCUAGAAUUGAUGGCACUGGAAUAGCUUGGGCAGCUGAUCAUAACAACGUGCAACAAUCACUAACCAUAGACCUUGGGGAAAAAAAGAACAUCACAGGGAUCAUAACUACAGGGUCAACACUUCCAGAUUUUAAUUUUUAUGUGAAGACCUAUAAAAUUCAGUAUAGCAAUGAUGGAUCAGUGUGGAAAAACUACCAAAAUGCUUUUGGGGUAGAAGAUAAGGUAUUUGAAGGAAACUUUGACUGCAAGCAUCAGACCCGUAACAAUUUCCUUCCAUCUAUUUUGGCACAAUAUAUCCGCAUCAUUCCAAACACUUGGAAUCAGAGGAUAGCCUUAAAAGUUAAAGUGCUUGGGUGUGAACAUUUGAAAAAAAACAGGUCAAUAUUUCAAUAUAUAGAACCGGACAACACAACUCACACCAUCAAUGAUGAUAAAACUGAGAUUGUUCCAUCCGAAGAUAAUUUAGAGAGGUUAGCUAAAUUUGUGGCGCCAAUUGUGCUUUCGUUACUUUUUCUGUUGACUGCUGUUUGUGUUUACAAGACUUUACAAAGGAAGAAGAUGAAGGAUAAUGCACAUGGGACAAGUGAUAUUCAGAAAGAAGGCUGUUGGAAACAAAUUAAACACCCUUUUGCUAGGCAGCAGUCAACUGAAUUUACUAUUAGCUACAGUCCAGAAAAGGAAAUCUUGCAGACAUUUGAUGUUGUGAAAAGUAACAUGGCAGAAGACUACCAGCAACCACUUAUGCUGGGAACAGGAACCGUUGCAAGAAAAGGAUCUACAUUCAGACCAAUGGACAUGGACACAAAAGAGGGAUUGGCGCACUAUGACUUAGAAACACACUACGACAGUCUGAAGACCGCUAACCAGUAUGCUCUGCCUCUUACCAGUCAGGAACCAGAGUAUGCUACACCUAUAAUAGAGCGACACACCUUUAGAAAAGAUACAGGCUACAAUGUGCCUAAAGUGUCAUUGACAAAAAAGUCCUCUUUUACUGGAAAUGAUUGUGGCUCGUGCAGUACUUCAGAAACGGUCACUCAAGCUUACCAGACGCCAAAAUUAUUGAGCAAGAACCUGCAAACUGAAAAGACCGGAUAUGACACGCCAAAUCUGAACACCAUUGUAAUAUCAGUUGUAGACGGCCAUGAUUAUCAGAAGCCACAAGUAACGACUUUAGUGACAGAAGGCUACUCGGCACCAAGAGACUGUUUAAAACCAACAGCAUUCCGUGUCAUAUGAAAUGAUGUGAUUAUUAUUUGUCUCAAACACUCCUAUUUAUUGUUUUAGUUCUAAGGACUGCAGAGUUAUAUUGUUAAAUUAUUUUUGUCUUGAUAAUAAGGUGUUAAGUUAUGAAAAAAGUGAGCAAAAACUUGGUCUGAGCACAUCAAGUUUCUAGAAUGUACCAGGAUGAUUUAGGAAUAACGGCAGCAACCGAGCGGCAUCUUGCACAGCUUAAGAGAAGGGUGAUGAUGGCAUGUGAUGUACAACUUGUUUUAAAGAGUAGUAAGGAAAGAUACGGUGCCUUUCUGUGACUAGGCAACAAUGACACUGACUCCUGCUCUCUUCUGAGAAAGUGGUAUAACACACCCUUGUUUUAAUGUGCAAAAUGCAUUCUGGGCUGAAUGUAUGGCAAUGUUGUGUUAAAAGCUUCUUUUAUUAAAAUAACUGGGAGCAAAAUGAAAGACUUUACUCCUUAAAAAAGGUUUAAAAUAUUCAUUUAACUAGCUGCAAUCGGAAUUUUUUUGUCCCAUUUUAAUAUCAUGCUCUUCCUCGGACAAAACAGACAACCAAGUGAAUUUGAAAAUGUCUUAAACAUGUUUGUUUUGUUUUCUUAGCAGGUAAUUAGUGAGGAAUCUUAAAAUGAAAAUAUUCAAACUUUGAAACCAGUUUGUUCCCAUAGCUUGCAGUGUUAUUUUUGAUGAGAGUUUGUUGGGGGGCUAGUUGAGCCAGCUGGCACUGCUGUAUGUGUGAACGUGAAGAGUGCAGUCAGGAAGCUGUGGUCAGAUUGCUCUUUAAAUUUGGUGGUGUUGUGAUGGAAGUCAUAAUUUUAUGCUAAGGUCUUUGCUGCCUGGAGAUGUGCUUAAUAUUCUCAUUGCUUGGUCAAGUGUUCUGCAAGAAUGGUUGAUGUUUCUUUUUACUGCUUUGGGAAAAUAAUUCAUUGGAGAAACAUUGAUAAAAUCAAACUUUUGAUAUUUUAUUUCUUGUUGUUGAAGGAAAUAGUGAAACACUGCAGCUGUUGUUUAAAUUUCCUAAAAUGUUUACACAUUUAUUUUUUGGCAGUGUUUAAUAAAUAAAACAGAAAUAAGGGGAGGACUAAGUGCCUAUUUUUUUUUUUUCUGUCUGGGGUGUUUUAUGGUAACCCAAUGCCUAAACACAUUGAACCUUCAAUGUUCAUUCUGAAGCAAAGUGAAGUAAUGUGGAGGCAACCUGCCACCUACAGAUGCAAUGUGACAACUCAGGGGUGUGGUAUAGCGGGUUUGCAGCUUAACAAUAGGGGGCCAAUUUUAAAUAAUAGCACCUCAAUUAGGAGUGGAUGUGUGUUUUGUUCUGCAGUUAACUGGGGAACUGGCUGGCUGCACCCCAUACAUGUAUGGAGGCAGGGGGAUCAGUCAGGCUCCUUAAUGAUGAAGGGAGCUGCUCCUCACAUCCAAUUAGGCAGCAGAACAUAAAGGAGCCUGCACAGCACAGAGGUUGAAUGGAGUUGAUAAAAAAGAUCCAAAAGAAAAAAAAGAGUGAAGAUUGAGCCAGUGCAUCAGAAAGGAAGCAGGGUGAUGGGAAUACAACCCUAGGGAAAGGAGCGUGUGGCCAGCACUCAAGAGGGGGCUGUGGGUUUGUCCUGCUGAACACCCACAAUACACCAAAGGACUCGCCAUCUAAGUCCAGGAAGGCAGCAGAAGUUGAAGGGGUGAAGUCUCGGCAGCACCCCGUGGAUCGCCAUGGGAUGGGCGGCAGAGAUACAAGCAGCUCUGAAGGGUGUCUGUCUGCACCUGUUGGUAGACAACUCACUGGGAUGCAAGACCCUAAUAGGAUAAGUCGCAGAAACAUCAGCUUUAAAGAGGAGACUCCUGUUUUAAUGGAUUUAUUUAUGGCUCAUUUUUAACCUCCACUAUCACUUGGACUUUUUAUGGGAUUAUUUACCUAUUGAAUUUUGAUGCCCUGCACUGUCAUUUGGACACUUUUGUGCAUUUUUAAUAAAAGCACUUAUGCACCUA